UGUGUUGGUGUGUGUUGUGUAUUUGACCUUGUGCCAACUACAAGAAGCAUCAUUGUUUAUUCGUCAUUAAUUAAAUAUAAAAUAUAAUUUAAAAAUAUAAUUAUUAAAUUAUUAUUACUACAUAUUUAAUAUGUUUGUACUAUUUAUAAUUUAAAAACUAUUUAACUGCAUUUAAAAUAAUAAUUAUAAUAAUCAAUUGAAUCAACGUGUUACUCUCUCAUUCAUCUGUAAAUUUUAUUGAAUAAUAUAUCAUAAUGGCUGAUUCAAGUGAUUUGGAUCGUCAAAUUGAACAACUUAAAAAAUGUGAAAUAAUUAAAGAAGCUGAGGUUAAAGCACUAUGUGCAAAAGCCAGAGAAAUUCUCAUUGAAGAAAGUAAUGUUCAACGAAUUGAUUCACCAGUAACUGUUUGUGGUGAUAUUCAUGGUCAAUUUUAUGAUUUGAAAGAACUCUUCAAAGUUGGUGGUGAUGUACCAGAGACAAAUUAUUUGUUUAUGGGUGAUUUUGUUGACAGAGGUUUUUACAGUGUUGAAACAUUUCUUCUUCUUUUAGCUUUAAAGGUACGUUAUCCAGAUCGAAUCACAUUAAUUCGUGGUAAUCAUGAAUCAAGACAAAUAACACAAGUUUAUGGUUUUUAUGAUGAAUGUCUUCGCAAGUAUGGCAGUAUAACUGUAUGGAGAUAUUGUACUGAAAUAUUUGACUAUUUGUCAUUAUCAGCAAUUAUUGAUGGAAGAAUUUUUUGUGUACAUGGUGGUUUAUCACCAAGCAUUCAAACACUUGAUCAAAUUCGAACAAUUGAUAGAAAACAAGAGGUACCUCAUGAUGGACCAAUGUGUGAUCUUUUGUGGUCAGAUCCAGAAGAUACACAAGGCUGGGGUGUGUCACCAAGAGGUGCUGGAUAUUUAUUUGGUAGUGAUGUUGUUGCACAAUUUAAUUCAGCUAAUGACAUUGACAUGAUUUGCCGAGCUCAUCAAUUGGUUAUGGAAGGAUACAAAUGGCAUUUUAAUGAAACUGUAUUAACUGUAUGGUCAGCACCAAAUUAUUGCUACAGAUGUGGUAAUGUUGCUGCUAUAUUAGAACUGAAUGAGCAUCUUCAACGAGACUUUACAAUAUUUGAAGCAGCACCACAAGAGAGUCGAGGUAUACCUAGUAAAAAGCCUCAAGCUGACUACUUUUUAUAGAUAAAAUAAAAUAAUACAGCUCUUAAUAAUUAAGUGACCAACAAUUUGCAAAAAAAAAAAGCAAAAAAUAAUUGUCUCCUUUAGCG